CAUUUCUUUUUGCUCUUCAGGUAAAGCAUUGUCCUGUUAUAGUGGUGAAGCUUGAAUCUUGAUAGUUUUCGACUUCCAUAUUAUUAUCUGUGGGGAUAUAGAAACAAUCAUGGGCUUACUCUGCAGUAGAAGUCGACAUCAUACAGAAGAUACUGAUGAGAAUACACAGGCUGCUGAAAUCGAAAGACGGAUAGAGCAAGAAGCAAAGGCCGAAAAGCAUAUUCGGAAGCUUCUACUACUUGGUGCUGGAGAAUCUGGAAAAUCUACAAUUUUUAAGCAGAUAAAACUUCUCUUUCAAACGGGAUUUGAUGAAGGAGAACUAAAGAGUUAUGUUCCAGUCAUCCAUGCCAAUGUCUAUCAGACUAUAAAAUUAUUGCAUGAUGGAACAAAGGAGUUUGCUCAAAAUGAAGCAGAUUCUGCAAAAUAUAUGUUAUCCUCUGAAAGUAUUGCAAUUGGUGAGAAACUAUCUGAGAUUGGUGGUAGGUUGGACUAUCCGCGUCUUACCAAGGACCUAGCCGAGGGAAUCGAAACACUAUGGAAGGAUCCUGCAAUUCAGGAAACAUGUGCUCGUGGUAAUGAGCUUCAGGUUCCUGAUUGUACGAAAUAUCUGAUGGAGAACUUGAAGAGACUAUCAGAUAUAAAUUAUAUUCCAACAAAGGAAGAUGUUCUCUAUGCAAGAGUUCGCACAACUGGUGUCGUGGAAAUACAGUUCAGCCCUGUGGGAGAGAAUAAGAAAAGUGGUGAAGUGUACCGAUUAUUUGACGUGGGUGGACAGAGAAAUGAGAGGAGGAAAUGGAUUCAUCUGUUUGAAGGUGUAACUGCUGUGAUAUUUUGUGCUGCCAUCAGCGAGUACGACCAAACUCUCUUUGAGGACGAGCAGAUAAACAGGAUGAUGGAGACCAAAGAAUUAUUCGAUUGGGUUCUGAAACAGCCCUGUUUCGAGAAAACAUCCUUCAUGCUGUUCUUGAAUAAGUUCGACAUAUUUGAGAAGAAGGUUCUUGAUGUUCCGUUAAACGUUUGCGAGUGGUUCAGAGAUUACCAACCAGUUUCAAGUGGGAAACAAGAGAUUGAGCAUGCAUACGAAAUCUUUGGAACAAUUGAAGUUUGGUCUCUUGCAGUUAUAAUGUCAAAUAUGGAUCCAAAUACAGUUUUACCAAAGAGGAGUUUCUUACACCAUGAGUUGUUUUCGCAAUUACAUAUACCCGGAAGCUUCGCUUUCGAAGCAUUUAGUUGUAUCUCUAAGUUUACAGGAGCUUUGCUUUGUUGGUUUUCACAAGGGAACUUGCAAAAAGAAGUAUCUAAACAUCAAUGGGGAUUAACUUGUAAGAGCUCUGAUUCUUCAAAGAAUUUGAAGCGAUUUGCAUUUGAACAUCGGAACUUCUCUGUGUUCCCAUUUCGCUAUGUAUCAAAAGAUAUUACUCCUGGCUUCUUUGGAAGUAUUUCUAAAUCCACUAUUCAGCAUUUUGUUAAUGAAGCUGAGAGGCUACAUUCGUGUUCCGUUCUCUCCUUGGCGGCUGCGUUGAUACCGUCUUUGAAUGUUAUGUCUGCUUAUGGACAUGCUCUGCCUCUAGGGAGUAAUGAUGUUCAACUUUCGGAGAAUACCGGAAAUAGGACUUGUCAGGUUGGGCAUGAGGAAUAUAGUGGUUUGAGUUUUCACAAAUUAGACUGGACAAGACAAACAGUGGAGCCUCGAACAGGGAUCGAGUUUCCGAUGUUGUUGAAGGAGAAUGCUUCGCGAUCGAAUUCUGAGGUGCUUGUUGCAACUGGAUCUCGGACAAUGAAAAUUAUCAGAAUUAAAUCUCUAAAGUAUAUGCAUUUGGUUUUUGUAAAUGUUCAUCCUUCCUCGGUCUGCCAGAAGCUUGGCCGAAAGUAUGCCUCGGUUCCAGCGAGCAAACUUGACAAAUGCGAUGACUUAUACAAAGACCUUCUUAGGGAGGAUAUUGUUAUGAGUGUGAGGCUUGUGGUUAACUACAAUGGCUUGAAGAUCAAUACUGUGAGAGAUGUUUUUGAGAAAUCUCUGCGUGCUCGUUUGGUGAAGGCAAAUCCAAAAACUGAUUUCAAUUGUUUGAAUGAUUUUGGUUCAUUCUUCAGACAAGACAUUCCAAUACCCGCGGGAACAAUAAUAGACUUUCGACGAACAGAAGAUGGACAACUUAUCACAGAGAUUGGCGGUAACCUGAUUGGCGCUGUCCGAAGCAAGGAUCUUUGCAGAGCAUUUUUUGGUAUGUACAUUGGAGAUGUUCCGGUGUCAGAGCAGACAAAGGAGGAGAUUGGUAGGAAAGUGGUGGGAAUCAUAAAGAGAUGCUGAAAUCAAUUACUUGUUAGACGUCCAAUGGCCUCUGAGUUUUAGAAGAAGGCAAUUGGGUUAGAUUUACGCGGUCAUGUCUAGCUGGUGUUAAAUCAAAUUACUUUGUAAGCAGCUUGUACUAGAUUGUCUUGAUUUGUAUGAAAGUAUGUUCUAGUUGUGCUAUUCUUUUGAUGAUGGAAAAGAAGAAAGUUCGCAUCUGAUU